AGGGGCAUUAUGCUCGCUGACUGAUCUACGUCUGCCAAGUUCAAUAACAUUGGUUGCAUUUUGACGUUCUAUCGCCCAUGCAUAGACCCAGAGUGACUGACAGUUCUUUCAUGUGAAGGCUUAUAUGCCUGGGAAAUCAGGCACUGACGCCGCCUGAAGCUUGGGAUAUAACUAGAUGGUCACGAGAUUAUGGCAACCGAGAUUGAGCGAUUAGAUCGACAUCGAACAGUCUAUCGUUUCAAACUUGAGCCAGGCUCAUAUCGGCAUACAAUUCCCAAGACAGCCACCUCUGUUAUUGUUAAGCAACAGAAAGAUGAAUGGGAAGAAGAGUUCGAGGAUGAGCAGAGGGCCUACAACAGAUUAAAGAAGCUCCAGGGGAAAGUGAUUCCAUACUUUUAUGGUCGAGGUCAUUUUGGUGGGCUACCUGCACUCGUACUAUCGGAUAUUGAUGGGAUUACUUUGGAUGAAUUGGCCCGCAGCAACUACGAAGUCCCCGAGGAGUCAUUAAGAUCUUCUCUGGAGGAAGUCUUUAGUGAGCUCACGAAGCAUGGAGCUUUGUACCGGGACCAGAAGCUGGAUAACUUCUUGUUGUGUGAUGGCAAAGGCCGUGGGAAGAGCAGAGUGAUGGUUGUUGAUCUCGAGCAGGUGGAAUUCCCUGAGCAUCUUCGUCCUUGGCAACAUUCUAUAACCAGGAGGGAGCGAGGUCUCUGAUGGAAGAGUUCAGAUACAGACGUAACCCCGGGCGCGAAUCAUCUCCACUUGAGUUCUGGACGUCUGCGCAUAAUACGGGUGUCUCCCUCAGCGAGCUAAAUGAAUUUGCACCCGCGAUCUGUCAAGAAAGUCUUGGGAGGCCUGCUUCUACCACGGCUUGAGCAAGAUAGAGAAAGAAGGAACACUGUGCCAUGCAAAUAUGAUAUGGCA